CGUGACGCCAAUACGAUACGCCGCCUCGACCCGAUCUCCUCCUCUCCACCGCCGCACCAGAUACCCACCCGAUCCGCCGGAGAGGAAGCCCCCCGCCGCCGCCGCUAUGCUCAGGGUCGCCGGGAGGCGCCUCACGUCCGCCGUCGCCUGGCGCCCCGCCGCGGCGGCCGGCGCCAGGGGCCCCCUCGCCGGGGGCGCCGACGAUGACUCCUCCUCCUCCGCCUCCCGCCAGCACCAGAGGCCGCGCUUCGCGGUUGACUCCCCGUUCCUCGCCGCUUCGAGGGGCUUUUCCUCACAAACUAUUGUUCCAAGGAACCAGGAUGUAGGCUUGGCUGAGCUCCCUGCAACAGUAUCAGCUGUGAAGAAUCCCAGUGAAAAGAUUGUGUAUGAUGAAUAUAACCAUGAAAGAUACCAGCCAGGUGACCCAAGUAAACGAGCAUUUGCAUACUUCGUGUUGAGUGGUGGAAGGUUUAUUUAUGCUUCGCUCCUACGCUUGCUCGUUUUGAAGUUUGUUCUAAGCAUGUCUGCUAGCAAGGAUGUUCUUGCUCUUGCUUCCCUCGAGGUGGAUCUCUCUAGUAUUGAGCCUGGCACCACUGUGACUGUGAAGUGGCGGGGCAAGCCAGUUUUUAUCAGGCGCAGGACAGAGGAAGACAUCAACUUGGCAAACAGUGUUGACGUUGGAUCUCUUCGUGAUCCACAACAGGAUGCAGAGAGAGUCAAGAACCCGGAGUGGCUGAUCGUGAUUGGGGUGUGUACUCAUCUGGGCUGCAUUCCGCUCCCCAACGCUGGUGAUUUUGGUGGCUGGUUUUGUCCAUGCCAUGGAUCACAUUAUGAUAUCUCAGGUAGAAUUCGUAAGGGCCCUGCGCCGUACAACCUUGAGGUCCCAACCUACACAUUCCUGGAAGAGAACAAAUUGCUCAUCGGCUGAGAUUACUGACCACAGGGUUUAAAUCUUAUGUCACUUAUAUUCAGUGUUGGUUUGACGUUUCACCUUUUUGUUGCUCUACCUUGAUGAGCUAUCUCCUAGCACCUUCUAGUAAAGAAUAAUGAGCUGCUACUUGGCUACUGUUAAUCAAUUUCUGAGUUUGGUUCUGGUGCCUGAUAUCAAUAGGAUUUAUCUUGUAAUUGUCUUACCUGGCACAGUGAAGCGUAUACGCGGUCAACUUUCAUCCCGCUUCUGCAA